AUGAGAAUUCUUUGUCUCCACGGGAUGGGAACCAAUUCCCAGAUAUUCGAAGCCCAAACAGCCCUUCUGAGAGCCUCCCUCAACGCCGAGCUGAACACAGAAUGUGAGUUUGUCUUUGUCGACGGCGAGAUUGAGACCGAGCCACGGAAUGGAGUGGAGAAGUACUACGACGGGCCCUUCCUCUCCUACUACGACUGGGACUCGGCAGCAAGCCUCCGCAGCGCGUAUCAGCUUAUCGACGAGCUCAUUGACGAACAGGGACCGUUCGAUGGCAUCAUGGGCUUCUCCCAGGGUGGAUCCCUGGCCGCUUCCUUCCUGCUGCACCAUUUGGCCACACGCCCGUCCGAGCCGAUUGAGCUGCUCUUCCGCUUCGCCAUCAUCAUCUGCAGCGGCAACCCCUUCGACGCCCGCGGGCCCACGACCCGACGAUACCACCCGAGCGAGGACCCGCGGCGCAUUCCCAUCCCCACUGCCCACAUUGUGGGGCGCAAGGACGACGAGCACGCACGCCAGCUGCUGUUGCAUCGCUUGUGCGACGGUCGACGGGCCACGAUCUAUGACCAUGGCGCCGGCCAUGAGAUCCCACGCCACCCUCUAGUGGUGAAAGGAAUGACCGAGGCAAUUAGCCGAGCCAUUGGUCAGGCAUACCUCCUGUGA